UUAAAAUGGCUCUUCCACAUACCAAUAUUUUUAGGGAAUUAAUUGAAGACUACAAAAGCAAACGGUGUUUGUGGGAAGUGAAAAAUGACGCUUAUAAAAAUAAAUACUUAAAAUCGCAAGCGUGGAAUAAGUUAUUACGAAGGUACAAAGAAACUUUUCCAGAUGCCACAUUAGGAGAUUUAAAAAAAAAAAUUAAUGGUAUGCGGAAUUGCUAUAGGCGAGAACUCAAUAAAGUAAAAAAAAGUAAAAAGUCUGGUGCUGGUGCGGUAAAUUUGUAUGUGCCAACAUUAUGGUAUUAUAAAGAUCUUCAAUUUUUACAGGAGCAUGAGUGCCAAGUCACAGAUGUAGGCACUUCGGAUAUUAAGCAGCUGGAAGAUAAGACUACUUAUGAACCGCCCCGUAAAAGGAAAAUGCAUCACACAGAUUUUUUAGCAAAAGCUGUACAGCAUCACCAAGCACAACGUGAAAACACUACAAGAGACGAUGCUGACAUUUAUAGACAAUCUUGGUCAGCAACAUACCGCAAAUUAUCAUAUGAACAACAAAUACUCGCCAAGCUGGGAAUAGAGAAGCUGCUCGCGGACGGACAAAUGAAUAAACUGACUUACGAGUCAGUAGCAUAUAUUGGAAUUCCUCCACAAACAAUAGCAGCACCAUGGCAAUAAAGUUAUGCUGUAACACUAAGCCAGGAUCCACUUGUGCAGAGACAAGUUCGAAUUAUGCUUUCGCCAUACUCAACCCAUACUUGAAGUUCAGCAAUUAGUCCAAGAGGGGUCUAUAUUAAUUCAAGUAGCCCAUUAAUGACUCCCUGGUCAACACUCGAUUC